ACCAGCGCACGCGUGUCAUGCCCGGGCUCUGAGUUAAAAGCCGUGGGAUGGGAAUGCAGUCAGAGCGAUCGUUUGGAAGGACAGCGUUCCAGCAUCACGGACCUGAAGCAUCUAGACUUCUAGACCUGAAACCUGUAGAUCUAUAGACCUGAAGCUGCUAGACUCGAAGCCUCCAGACCUCUGGACCUGAAGCCUCUAGAUCUAUAGACCUGAAGCCUCUAAACCUGCUGUUAUGAACAGGCUGAACCUCUUCGUGAUGCUCGUAGCUGUUAGCGCCCCGGUAGCUGCAAGCUUGCCGUUAGCUGCCUUCGCCUCCAGGUCUGGAAGUCUGGACACCAACGACGGAGACUGGAACCACGGACUUCAGGAGGACUUGGAUCUACUGUAUGACCUGACCAGGUCUACCAGGCAUGCAGACGGCCUGUUCACCAGUGGCUACAGCAAGCUGCUGGGUCAGCUGUCAGCUAAAGACUACCUGGAGUCUCUGAUCUCCAAACGAGUCAACGGUGAUGUGAUGGAGGGUCAGCUGCCGGUGAAGCGCCACUCUGAUGCCGUCUUCACUGAUAACUACAGCCGCUUCCGCAAGCAGAUGGCUGCCAAGAAAUACCUCAACUCUGUCCUCGCAGGGAAGAGGAGUGUGGAUGAUAUUGGCCGGACAGAACUGUCGAUCAGGACUGACUCCGCCCCCUCACAUCAAGGCUCAGAUCUCUCUUUGGAAGACGUUCUUAGUCAGCUGACAAUGAACCUCUGAUGAUCAUCCUCCCUUCCAGAACCUUCUGAACUCCUUCUGUAUCGUCUUCAUGUCCUCCACUCAUCACAACCUCAGCAGACUCUAGCUCAUCCGACGGAGCAAAUGGCUGUUCUCCACCUAGCUCACCACCCGAUGGAGCAGACAGCUGUGCUCCACCUAGCUCCACAUCCGAUGGAGCAGACAGCUGUGCUCCACCUCUCUCCCCACCUGAUGAAGCAGAUGGCUCUGCUCCACCCUGGAGAUGCUGGGCUGGCAGGUGGAGAGAGAGGUGGAGCACAGACGACUCUGCUCCACCUCUCUCCCUCUACCAGGUCGAGCACAGUUGCUGUGCUCCACCUCUUCCCCCACCUGAUGGAGCAGGCAGCUGCUCUCGUCUCUGUUCUGCAGGUUCUGAUUUGUCCGACUAGAUCUUUCUUGAUGUUGUACUCCUGAAUGUUGAAGACCAUGAGAUGUUGAAUAAAUUAUCUUGAACUUUGAAAUAA